CUCUGCCUGGCGCAAGGACUGUGCACCGAAACAUGCCAGUUGUCAGAAUUUUCCGACAUAACCUAACGAACUUUCUUUUCUGUUUGACCCGCUUGAACUCGUGCUUCGUCGUGCUUGUUCUCUUGGAGCUAAGGCCUAUCGGCGACUUGCACAAAUUUUAUAACAAGAAAAAUGACUUCCAACGCUGAAUUAGCUUGUGUUUACUCCUCUCUGAUCUUGUCCGAUGAUGAUAUUGCUGUUACGGGCGAGAAGAUCCAAACAAUCCUGAAAGCAGCCAAUGUCGAUGUAGAGCCGUACUGGCCUGGUCUGUUCGCAAAGGCUCUUGAAGGUAUCAAUGUCAAGGAGCUCAUCAGCAGGAUUGGGUCUGGAGUAGGAGCAGCACCAGCUGGUGGCGCUGCUGCGGCUCCCGCGGCAGCUGAAGCGGCCGCUGCCCCAGCAAAGGAAGAAAAGAAGAAAGAAGAGGAACCUGAAGAGUCUGACGAUGACAUGGGUCUGGGACUCUUCGACUAGACAUGUGGUACAAAUCGCAUUGACUUGUGAUCAUGUAUUUUAAGGAAUAAAACGUUUUUAUAAGAUACGCAAGGAACAGAGAGCAUUUUCAAAACCUCAAAUGUUGUUACAAUAAUCCUCGAAUUUCCGCAUUCUUUUCAACAACACAGAUAUCCUGAGCGAACUGUAUUUAUUGUUAUAUUGACGUUACAUGUCUGACUUCAACAUUACUGGUGCAGGCAAUAGAAACGUAUUGCGAUCUAAUUUGUAAAUAAGACUUUAUCCAAAGAUAUGGCACUAUAUCCAAUAACAUCCACACAGUGCGAUGAAUAUGCCGUUCGAUGGAAUAUUUCACCACGUCACCUCCUUACUCUUGUCCGGCCAUCAUGUGUGCCCAAACAGAAUCUGGACUCAUCGCUGUACACGACUGGGCUCCAUUCAAGUCUCUCCCUACUCCAUACCACAUUUAACUGACAUCGUAAAUCGAU